AAAUUUGUUAUUUUAUAUGCAAAUGACAUGCUAAAUAUGUUCCUAUAGCUUCAACUGCUCAAUACUUUUAUUUUCCACUUGAACUGCAGCGCAAACAGUCAACGUUCCGGAAAUGGGUCAAUUAGGAAACUUUUUCGUUACAAUUUGUGCAGUUUUUCUUUUCCAAACAGUUUAUGCGAAAUUCGUCUUCAACUUCGACCUGGAGGACAACUUCCAACAGUGUGAGGAAGGGGUACCGAUGCCGGCGAUCAACAUGUCCAUGCUGCAGUUUUCCGAGCUGGACGACGCCAGCAUGCAAGUAACGGGCAGAGUUCUUUUCGAAGCCGACUAUCAUUCUCCAAUUGCGUUACGACUGUACUCGAUACGUAAAAUGCGGGGUUCCUGGGUUGCAGGAGAAAUUUCUCGGUCGGAUUAUGACAUCUGCAUGAAGCUGCAGAUCCCAACCGAGCCUUGGUACACGUUUACAAAGCACUUUCAGCAGAAGAGAUGUCCUUUCAAGAAGGGACAUGAAGAGAUCCUUCCGGAGAUUCCAUAUCAGGACUUGGGAUUUGGACUACCUGCUGAGUUUGCUGGGGAGUGGAAAAUAUUCUUGGAAAUUAUUAUGAACCGUAAUGGUCGUAAGGUUAAGGAGUGCCUCACUAUUCCGACUACGAUUUUGGAAGUGUAAAAUUGUAAUAUUUAUUACCAAAGUGAAUAAUAAACAACUUUGUUACCUGGUCUG